ACCACAUCCUACAAGAGUACAAAGAUGGUCGCCAGCCAGCACGGUGAUUUUGUGACCACCCACCGCGGCACGAACAGCCAGGGCAACAAGUACGCCAGGAAGUUUUACUUCUCGUAUGGGGAGUGGGGGUACCAUUACUCGAACCGCGACGGCAGUUAUUAUUACAAGAACCCCGACGGGUCGAGUUACCACAACAACGGGAGGGGCACAAUUACCUACACGUCGCCGUCGGGCCAGGUGUACAGGUGGUACUAG